AUACACAUGUAUUUUGAAUAUUGUUUUUUUUGGUAUCAAAUUGUGGACAAAAUGCUAAUCAAAUCAAAACCACUGAUUGUGUCUUGUCUUCGGGCAACGAAUCCAUGGCUCGCCUCAAGACGUAUGCUGUUUGACGUGUCCACCAAAGAAGCCAAAAUUACGAUCACAAAUGACGGACAGACCAUCGUUUGUCUUCACGCGGACAAACACUUCCCGUACGAGCACUCGAGGCCGAUCCCAAAGUCGGAGGGAGUGCUGAACGAAGAGGAAUCGGUUCUGAAGAUUAAGCACCGGAUUGAGGGCCAGAAUAUCCAUCAGGGGUCGGGUCCUGACCUCGAGGAGCUCCAGAUGCUGACCUACACGCCUAAGUGGAAGUGGAAGUACCGACCACUGAAGAGAGUUGUUCCCAAACCCGCUCAUCCGAGACCCGGAAUAUAGACAUCAUAUCAUCGAAACAUAUAUUCAAACACUUUAUUAUUGAAUCAUUUGAUCAUUAAAUUUAUACUUUAAAUGUUAUUAAAUGACAAAAACUAUGUGUUAAGAGAUUGGCCUUACAGUGGACCGGUUCACCUACCGGUGCUUAGAGUAGGCAUUACUGAUAGUCAAUGAAUUAAGACAAUUGAUUGGAAAAAUGUGAACUUUUUUAAUCAAAUAUAAAAUCCAUUUAAUUAAUUAAUUCAAUACAUAAUUAGGCUU